UCAUCAGUGACGUGCAUUAGCCGUUCCUCGACACUGCUGUGUGUGAACGUUUUUGUAACAUAGGCCUGUUUUCAUAAGGCUAAAAGUGCACAUUUAUAUCUUUAACGAAGAACUGUUUUUAACCAUAUAAGUGGUAUUUAGAAUUUCUAUCUAAUGCUGCCUGGUCCAGCCUGGAAAUGAAAAUGUAGCUAUCGAUUUUACAAAAGGUAGGUCAACGUUAGCUGUUAGCUUUAUUAGCCACUCAGGCCCGGCUGUAUAUGAGCACAAAGGCCGUGCACACCGCCUCGCUUCCUAACAAUGUACCCCUCCUGGGGAAAUUAUGGUGGACCUCAGUCGCAAAACUAUGGAGGGCCUGGGCCUCGUAAGCAACCGGGUCCCGGCCACGUCGGACCGGCCACGGGGUUCGGCAGCUUCGAGGCCCCGUCCAGCGGCUCGCUGUUCUCCAGCCUGCAGGAGCAGCACCUCCAGCAGAUGCAGCAGCUACAAAUGCUGCACCAGAAACAGCUCCAGUCUGUGCUACAGCACGGCAACAGUGCUGGAUCGUAUGGUGGUGGGUAUUCAGGGUCACCGUGGCAUUCAGAGGGCCCAGGACAUUCAGACAACAAUGCUGGUGCUCAGUCCUACUAUAAACAAGACGAUACUCCGGCUCAGCCGACGAGAGGCCCCGCUGCUCCCAAGCAGGGUCACCAGCAGCCGCCUCCGCCUCCACCACAACCGCAUCCCACCGAGCCUCAACCGGGUCCUCCUCCAGAGCCUCCUUCAUCAAAACCACCGGAGAACAGCGGCGCCCCCAAGACUAAAGAGGCCAACCAGAAGGAUUCAUCCGCAACAGAAGACGACAAAUCCUUACCUUUGCAGGAACAACAGCAGCUUUGGUACAAACAGCAUCUUCAGAACCUACAGAAGUUGAAGCAAGAGAAGGCCAAACAGAAUCACAAAGAGAGUGAUGGUUCUGUGUCACAACCCCUGAGCCAAGCAGUUCCUCUUCCUCCAUCAGAACCACCAAAAGGCACACCCCCUCCACCUCCACCAAAAGACGAACCCCCAGUACCACCUCCACCACCUGUGGAUGCAAAGAGUGAAAAUGUGGGAAAACCACCUACAUUGACUGAUACACCUGAAGCCCCACAAGACCCAGCAGAGGCUGCCCGCCUCCAGCAAUUACAGGCUGCAGCAGCGCAGUGGCAGCAGGUGCAACAGCAGAGAGCAGGUAUACAAUACCAGGCUCUCAUGCAACAUCACGAAAAGCUUCAGCAAGUCCUGGAAAAAUAUCAACAGUUGAUUCAGCAACCUACAGACCUUCAGUCAAUGUCUGCUGAGAUGCAGCUGAGGCACUAUGAAAUGCAACAGCAGCAGUUCACUCCUUUAUUUCAAGACUGGGAUCGCUCAUUUUCCCUGUGGUAUGAGCAGUUCCAGACCUAUCCCCACAAAGACCAACUGCAGGACUAUGAACACCAGUGGAAGCAGUGGCAGGAGCAGAUGAAUGCCACCAAUGCCCACCUUCAAGAAAGGGUGGCCACUCUGACUGCCAUGGUGCCAUUUGCUGCAGGCCAGUAUAAUAGUGGAAUGAUAGGACAAUAUGGCCAGUUCCCUGGACAAGAUAUGCAAAUGCAGCAGCAGUCGCUGAGCCUGGGUAUACAGCAUUCUCCAGUCGCUGCUGGUCCCAGAUCUCAAGGUCCACGGCCCACUGGGUUUGGGCCACAACAGGAGACACCUGCUGGACCCGCUGUGAGAGGAGGUGGCCCUGCCGGCAUGGGAGUCAGACCCCCAGGUCCUCCAACUAUUCAACCACCGAGCUUCAACAGUGUUAGAGGUCCACGACCAAACAACCCUAGGUUUGACCAGCCACAGCAGCGCUUUGAUGGUCCCCCAAGGUUUGACCAACCACAGCAGCGCUUUGAUGGUCCUCCCAGAUUUGACCAACCACGACAGCGUUUUGAUGGUCCUCCCAGACUUGACCAAUCACGGCAGCGCUUUGACGGUCCACCUAGAUUUGACCAACCUCGAUUUGGGCAGCAGCCGCAGAGAUUUGAACAACCCCCAAGGCACCCUGGCCCUCCACCUCGCUUUGAACGUCCACCUGUGCCCCAGCAAAAACAACAGCAAGGUCCCCAACCUAAACUAGAUGCAGCCAUUAAACAACCUUCCAGUACAGAAUCCAAGACUCCAGGAAAAUCAGACACGCAGCCACAGUCUGAAAAAGUAGAAAGUGAAUCAGAACCAGAUAACAAAGACAAUGGUGAGGACUUGACAGAUGACAACUUGCUUGGAAAUGAGGGUUUUUUUGUCCAAAGUGACCCAAUUCCUCAGACAUUAAACACAACGUCAGAGGAAUCAGAUGCAAAUAAUGCUGCUGACAAGAGUGAAGGUCCCAAACCUGUCAACAGCAAGCCUCCAGUAACUGCUUCUUCUACUGUGGCAUCAAAAAAUACUGCUGUUCAGAAUCCCCUCAAACCAGAUGGAUCAUUGACAAACAACAAGCCUCCAAUGGUUCAAAAGCCUCCAGGAAUCCAACAGGAGCCACAGGCUUCUGGCCAGAUGCAGUCAAGACCAGAGCCUCCAAGGCCUCAGCCUGGUAGAGGACGAGGCCAGCCCCCAAUGCCUGUCCAUGGGCGAGGUCGUGGGCAGAGGGGCCGUGGAGAGUUCAGGGGACCAAACACUGUCCCGCUUGGGGAGGAGGUGGGAGAUAUGUCCUAUGACUACAUGUCACCUCAAGAGAACAUGGGGAUGCCAGAGGAGCAGCAAGAAUAUCACUGGGAGAAUCCUUCAUAUGAGGAGUUUGGUGGCGAGGAAUCUGAGGUGCCCCCUGAAGAAAUGUGGAUGCCAGAGGAACAUCACUUUGCAACAGAAGAAGAAUAUUAUGAACAGCCCAUGGGAGGACCCCACAUGGGGAGAGGAGGUCCCCCAAUGAUGAGAGGGGGUCCCCCAAUGAUGAGAGGAGGGCCUCCAAUGAUGAGAGGAGGUCCACCCAUGGGUAGAGGAGGUCCACCCAUGGGCAGAGGAGGUCCACCUAUGGGUAGAGGGGGACCACCCAUGGGUAGAGGAGGUCCACCUAUGGGUAGAGGGGGACCACCCAUGGGUAGAGGGGGACCACCUAUGGGUAGAGGGGGUCCACCUAUGGGCAGAGGGGGUCCACCUAUGGGAAGAGGGGGACCACCUAUGGGAAGAGGAGAUCCAGUGGACAGGCACUGGGAAGAACCUGAAUCAGUGGAGUACACAGAGGAAGAUGACCCUUACUGGGGAGAAAGAAGACCUCCAAUGAGAGGAAUGAGACCUCCGUUUCCACCUGGCAGGGGUCGGCCCCCACGUGGUCAUCCUGGUUUCUUGCACCAAGGACGAGGACGCCCUCCUCACCCAGCACAUGGGCCAAUGGAUCGUGAGCCAUUAGGUCAUGGUAUGGACACUGACAAUGCUGAAAUUGAUCCAGCAAGGCACCCCAUGUACCAUGGACAUGACCCUCACAGCCAUCCAUUGCAUCCCGAUGUAGGAAGAGGCAGGCGUCGUGUGCCACCACCACCACCCCACGAAAUGAUGGAUCCUAUGGAGGAGCCACUGUACGAUGAAGGAGUGGAGCGAGAAUUAGGGUGGCAAUCGGCACAUGGCAGAGGCCACCCUAUGCCUCCACAUGAGAUAAUGGAUAGGGGAGGAAUGAGGAGGAGACCUAUGGGUCGAGGAUUAGGAAGAGGUAUGUGGCGGCCAGGUCCAACCCAUGAGGAAUAUGAAGAGGGAUAUAAUGAGGUUUAUGUUGAGGAUUACAGUCAUGGGGAGGAUGAGUAUCGCUGGAGGCCACCACAGGACCGUCCUUCUGAUGACUAUCGGCAUGAGGCUAAGUAUUAUGAGUCGGAAUGGGAUAGAGAGCGUGCUCCUCCUGAGAGGGACUAUCCACCCCGCAUACCUCCCCCAGAGCCCUACAGGGAUAACCGCUGGUUAGAUGAAAGGGAAAGGGGUCAUGCAUAUCCAUAUGAUGAGCAAGACAGGGGAAGAGGAGAACUUCGAAUCCGUGAAUAUAGGGAUGAGCCACAGUACCGACAGGAAGAGCCACCAUACCCACCACCACCUUCAGAAUGGGAUAGGUCUUCUAGACUACCUCCACCACCAGAGAGAGGGUAUCCUCCUGACUAUGAAGAUCACAGACCUCGCUACGAGGACCGCAGAGAAGAGCCUUCAUUGGAUAAACUUCCACCUCCACUCCCUACUGCGCCUGUAUCACAUUUACCAGAGACCUCUGCUGAACCAGCACCACAAGGAACAAGUGGAGCGAAUGUACUUGCUCUCUCCCAGCGUCAGCACGAGAUCAUCUUGAAAGCUGCUCAAGAGCUUAAACUCAUUAGGGAACUGCAGGAAGGGAAGACCCCCGGUCCUGAACCUCAGCCUGCACCAGCUGAUGUCAUGUCUGAGCUUCCUGCUGGUCUUCUUGGUCUGGAGAUCCCACCGGAUGUCAGGAAUGUUUUGAAGGGCAUGUCUGCAGCUGCACAGACAGCUGCAACUGAACCCAUGUCUUGGGAUAAAAAGCCUGCUGCUAUAGAUUACCAGUCAGUCCUCCCUGCUGCACCCACAGCUCCAGUGAUUCCAAAGACUGUGGAUUAUGGGCAUGGACAUGAGCCUGGUGCUACUGUUGAGCGGAUCUCUUAUGGUGAGAGAAUUGUGCUGAGGCCUGACCCAAUGCCAUCAGACAGGGGUUAUGAGAAAGAACCUCUCUGUCCCAGAGAUCCUUAUAGCAGAGACCCCUAUUAUGAAAGACGACCAGACCCUUACAUGGACCGCCGGGAGUACAGUCGAGAAAGGGAUCUAUACAGAGAAAAACCUCCACUUGAAUAUGAUAGAGAAAGAUUUGAGAGGGAGCGCUAUCCCCCAAGAGAAAGAGAUGACAGAUCUCCACUGGCACCUCCUCUACGCUCAGCAUACAGGGAGAGAGAGCGGGAACUUCGAGAUAGGGACCGCAGUGGCAGUCGUGAUCGAGAUGAACAUUAUGGAAGGCCUGGCUAUGACAGACCUCCAUAUGAGCGUGCUGGACUUGACCGCAGUGUGCCUGAGCGUUACGGCCAUAACUCCUCGCCUUAUGUGGACAGAAGAAGUUAUCCAGAGGAUAGAGGGCCUCCCACUGUGCCACCUCUACCACCUCCACCUCAGCCACCCCCACGAGUCGAGAAGAAGCCAGAAAUCAAGAAUAUUGAUGAUAUCCUCAAACCGCCUGGCAGAUUAUCUAGGCCUGAAAGGAUUGUCAUCAUAAUGAGAGGACUUCCAGGAAGUGGAAAAAGCCAUGUUGCAAAGCUCAUACGGGACAAGGAAGUCGAUUGUGGUGGUGCCCCACCGAGAGUUCUCGUUCUGGAUGACUAUUUCAUGACGGAGGUUGAGAAAGUUGAGAAAGACCCAGACACGGGCAAGAGAGUCAAAACCAAGGUUCUUGAGUAUGAGUAUGAGCCAGAGAUGGAGGAUACCUACCGGAGCAGCAUGCUUAAAACGUUUAAGAAAACUCUGGAUGAUGGCUUUUUCCCCUUCAUCAUUUUAGACACUGUUAAUGACAGGGUUAAACAUUUUGAUCAGUUCUGGAGCGCAGCCAAAACUAAAGGCUUUGAGGUGUAUCUGGCUGAAAUCACUGCAGACACCCAGACUUGUGCAAAGAGAAAUGUCCAUGGACGCACGCUUAAGGAUAUAAUGAAGAUGUCCAACAACUGGGAGCCUUCACCACGUCAUAUGGUGCGCUUAGAUGUCCGGUCCCUGCUUCAGGAUGCUGCUAUAGAGGAGGUUGAAAUGGAAGACUUCAAUCCUGAUGAUGAGCCCAAGGAACCCAAGAGAGAAGAGGAAGAAGAGGGUGAUCUGGGCUACAUUCCAAAAAGCAAAUGUGAGAUGGACACGUCUGAGGCUAAACUUGACAAGUUGGAUGGUCUGGGGAGCAGUGGGAAGAGGAAGCGUGAAGGUGAACACACGGCAGGCCUGGAGGAUUACCUUCAGCUGCCAGACGACUAUGCCACACGCAUGUCCGAACCAGGAAAGAAACGGGUUCGAUGGGCUGAUCUCGAGGAGCAGAAGGAUGCCGAUCGAAAGCGCGCUAUCGGCUUUGUGGUGGGUCAAACUGACUGGGAGAGAAUAACGGAUGAGAGCGGUCAGCUGGCACAAAGAGCUCUCAACCGUACCAAGUAUUUCUAAGAAGAUAAUCUUAUCCCCCUUUUUUCCUUCAUUGAAAGGUGUCCAGAAUGUGAAAACACCAAAGCUUAUGCGUGGUGGAACGUGAGACUCAUCAAGGUGUUAAUCACCAAUAGCACCGAUAUCAAACUCUUGGUCAUUCAUUGAUAUGUAUACAGUAUAUAUUUUUUUCUUUAUUUUAAAAGAGACACUGUUCACCAAUUAAUUUGUAGUUUAUGAUUCUGUGCUACUUCAGGUCAUGUUUCCUGUACGCGGUCAUGUUUCUUGCUGUUUUAUACACUUAAUAUUUUAUGUACUGUAUACCUGUAGCACUGUUUUUUGGUCCAUGCAUACUUGAAGAAAGACAAUAAAACUUUCACAAAAUCACCAUCUUGGGGAGUCUUACUGGAGGUUGUCAUCUGCGGUUCGUCAACAAGAAGUCCUGCAAGUGUUUUCUCAUUGGAGGCAGAAAGUGUUUGAAAUGAUCAGAUCAUUUACAGCAAUGGUCCGUUGUAUCACUUGUGUUGUCCUUGUUUUUAUAGGAUGCCUGUAAUCAGGGUUAUCACAGUAAAUGGUUAAGUUAGGAGAAUAAAAGAAAAAGAAUAAAUGGCAUCAUGACAUA